AAUCAACUUUUAUUCACCUGAACCCAAAGUCUCAAACAGAGAGUCGCUCACUGUAACAAACAACACGACACCGCAUCAAUGGACGAUCAUCAAACAGCUACACGACACUCACCGGAAGCAACCGUCGCCGAAACUGCACCAAUACACGACGAUGAUCACACUAUUCAAGACGAACCUAAUCAAGGCGUCACUAAAACCCUAACCUCCGUCUACUCCAACUAUCUCCUCAACAUUCUUGCUUCUUCCAGCUCCAAUUUCAUCGGAAAACUCUCAUUUCUCAGCCGCCGUACUCGAGCACUGUCAUAUUUCUCCAUUUUUCGCCGCCGAAGAGCUUGUCUCCCUCUUCCAUUGCCGUCUUACUCGCCUGAGUCUUCUCUGGUAGUGAAAGAGGCGUCUGGUGUGUAUGAUGUUUUGGAGGAUAUAAUUGAACAUGUUUUGAUUAAUCUGCAUAAUGUUCGAAAGCAUUUGCACUUUUGGCAAUGUAGAGCUGAGGGAUCGGAUUCUCGUAAAUUAUACUUUAUGAUGUUUGAGAGAGGUCCAAUGGCUUUCAUUGAUGGAACGGUUAAAUUGUUGCGACAAUGUAUGACUGAAGGUCCUACUAGUAUGCAUCGUGUUUCACAAUCUGCUUCUGUUUAUAUGUCUGAAAGGCUGGCUGUUCUGACCGAAUUGAGACGUGCUCUUGCCACUUUUUUGGCUGAGGUUUACAUGGAAGUUGACAAGUGUGGAGAAGCUUUGGUCAAGGAUCCUGAAAAGUCAUUUCCCUCUCUAUUAAUUACUUUAAAUGGGUUCUUUUCAAAUUUGGAGGCAUCAAUCGGUCACCUACAUGCAGCACGCCAGACCGAUUCUUCUGUUGAUGGGAGCUAUUCAUUUCCUUUAGUAUUUGAGACUCUUCCAGAAGUCAAUCAAGAAGGGUCUCAGUGGACAGGCUGUGAAAUCAAAGAUGCCAUCAACUUAGUCAACAAAAACUUACAGAAAUUGGACUCCUACAUUUCUGAUAUUGUAGCCAAACACCAAAAACCUAAAAAAGUAACUCAAUAUUGGGUCCGCUACACAUGUGGUGCAGUUGGUCUAUCUGUUUGUUCUAUGUGGCUUAUAAAGCACAGUCGUUUGGUGGGAAGUCCAGAUAUUGACAAUUGGAUUCGUGAAGCAAAGGAAUCAACUGUUAGCUUUUUCAGUGACCAUGUGGAGCAACCGCUUCUCUCUAUUAGAGAUGAACUGUUUGAUACAUUCAGGAAGAGACACAAAGGAGUGAUGGAGGUAGAAGAAGUUCAGUUGACUGCCAAAUCUUUACACAGAAUGUUAAUGGCUUUUACGGAGCAGACAAAGGGUCAAAAGGUGCCAGAGAAUGCAUCAGAACAGGAAUUGCUUGAAAUUGUUAUGAACAGAUAUGAAAAGGAACUAAUGCAUCCCAUUCAAAAUCUUCUAAGUGGAGAGCUUGCUCGUGGUUUACUCAUCCAGGUUCAGAAACUAAAACUGGACAUUGAGACGGCAAUGCUUGAACUUGAUCAGAUUCUCAAGGCAAAUGAAAUUAACUUUGCUGUGCUCGCCGCCUUGCCAGCAUUUUUCCUCUCGCUUCUUCUGCUGAUGGUUGUGCGUGCAUGGUUUAAACGGGAUACAAAAGCAGAAGGAAAGGGGAGAAUCGCCCGGCGCCAAAGGAGGCUUCUCUUAGUGGAGGUUGAGAAAAGGAUAAUGCAGUACCAAACAUUUAUUGACCAAGGACUGGAGAAAGAGUCGCAAUGCAUGUUUGGAUUAAUGUUGUGCAGCUUAGAUCGUCUAUUUCACGCUGUUCAGGGGCAUGCAGAAGCAACUGGCGAAUGGCAAUGUUUGAAACAGGAUAUUCUUGAUCUGGGGAAACCCGGCAUUCAAACAACAUACAAACUAGUGGUGACAUCACGAAUGGAGCGUGUUUACGAGUGCUUGCUUCCUUCAUUAAAACAACAAUAGCUUCUCUUAUAGCCAAAGCUCUACUAACCGAUAGAUUCUCAUAGAAAAGGCAAUAGGAAAAAAGGAGACAAACUGACGUUUUGCUGUAUAAUUGAAUUUUGCAAGUAGCAAUGAGUAGUUCGAUUCAUACGGUGAAAUGCUUAUGCAGUUAAUAAUUUUAACUGAUUUUACAAGAUUUUGCGAGGUUGCAUUCAGGGAGGGGUUACAAUUAUCCUUCUGGCACCUGAUUUUUGAAAUAUAAUAUACUUUGCUGGUAUGUUUUUACCGUAAA